GGGUCUCCUAUCACACGAUGGUAGCGGCGCGAUGACACCCGGCCUGAAGAUGGAGUCCAAGGGCACCCAGAUCCACCUGCCGCUGAUGGGGCGUGGUAGCCGCGGUGACAUCAACGACAAGGUGCUCUUCUCCCAGGCCAAGUCGCCGCCUUGUUCAGAACAGCUCAACAAUGGGCAGCUUAUGGGGGGCUCCCAAAUGAAUCUAUGCAACGGCGGAGCUGGCUCGGCAGCUGUGACGGGUUUGGUGCCUAAAAUUCCCAAUGGAUAUGGUGACCAGAAGAAGCCCAUGGCGACACUGACUCACCUCCCCAAACGCCCUCCAGUAGACAUUGAAUUCACGGAUCUCUCCUACUCGGUUAGCGAAGGCAGAAGAAGAGGAUACAAGGCGCUUCUAAAAUGCAUCAACGGCACAUUCCGAUCAGGAGAAUUGACGGCCAUUAUGGGACCUUCUGGUGCUGGCAAGAGUACUCUAAUGAACCUAUUAGCAGGAUACAAAACGUCAAACGUCACCGGCUCGAUACUUAUAAAUGGAAAAGAGCGUAACUUGAGAAGAUUCAGAAAGUUGUCAUGCUACAUAAUGCAGGACGAUUGUCUGUUACCGCAUCUGACAGUCCGAGAAGCGAUGAACGUUGCGGCGAAUCUUAAACUGGGGAAAGACAUAACAGUCACUGCCAAAAAAAUUGUGAUCGACGAGAUAUUAGACAUGUUAAGCUUGGCUGAUGCUAGUGACACUAGGACGAUAAACUUAUCCGGUGGCCAGAAGAAACGCUUGUCUAUAGCUUUAGAGUUAGUUAACAAUCCCCCUGUGAUGUUCUUCGACGAGCCUACUUCAGGGUUGGACAGCUCGUCGUGUUUCCAGUGUAUAUCGCUACUCAAGUCGUUGGCUAGAGGCGGCAGGACUAUCAUAUGCACCAUCCAUCAACCGUCCGCUAGGCUUUUUGAGAUGUUUGACUUUUUGUAUACUCUUGCCGAGGGACAGUGUAUAUAUCAAGGGAAAGUUAGUGGAUUGGUGCCGUUCCUGUCUUCGAUGGGCUUACACUGUCCUAGUUACCACAAUCCUGCAGAUUAUGUUAUGGAAGUGGCAACUGGCGAGCACGGAGACUGGGUCCACAAGCUGGUGAUGGCGGUGAACAAGGGGAACUGCGGCCGCGGGCAGUCCUCAUCAUCAUCGUCCACAUCGUCUGUACCCCAGAACGUGAACUACAACAACGCGAGCACCAAGAAUAAUACUCAGAAGGCGGAGGCGCUGGAAAUUGUGAUAGAUAAACCAACAUGUACUGUGAUAGAUAUGUCAGAGCCGACAACCAAGCCUGAGAAACAGAAUGCUCCGAACGCGACAAACUUAGCUCCUGUAACUUGUACCACAUCCCUGCUCGACUCUAGCGAAAGCUUCUCGAAGAAACCAGUCAAAGGUGGCUUCCCGACCUCUGGGUGCAAGCAAUUCUCGAUUCUAGUGCGAAGGACCUUCAGGAGUAUAUUGAGAGAUCAGACGCUUACACACUUGAGGCUAUAUUCGCAUACUAUUGUGGGCCUCCUGAUUGGCUUUCUGUACUACGACAUUGGCUCCGAUGCUGCCAAGGUGAUGAGCAACGCCGGCUGCAUAUUCUUCACUGUCAUGUUUACUAUGUUUACUGCGAUGAUGCCUACCAUUCUUACAUUCCCGACAGAAAUGAGCGUAUUUGUAAGGGAGCAUUUGAACUACUGGUACUCCUUGAAAGCAUUUUACUUCGCCAAAACUAUAGCGGACCUACCAUUUCAGGUUGUCUUCAGCGGAUUAUACGUAAUGAUAGUUUACUUCAUGACGGGGCAGCCCCUGCAAUCGGACAGGGUACUCAUGUUCGUCACCAUCAACAUCCUGACGGCGCUAGUAGCCCAGUCUUUGGGCCUCCUCAUCGGCGCCGCGAUGAAGAUCGAGACGGGCGUCUACCUCGGCCCAGUCACCACCAUACCAGUAGUUCUCUUCUCCGGAUUCUUCGUCAACUUCAACGCCAUUCCUGGCUACCUCCGCUGGCUUACUUACCUCAGCUACGUCCGCUACGGAUUCGAGGGCGCCAUGCUAUCCGUCUACGGCUUCGAGCGGGAGAAACUCAAGUGCUCCGAAGCCUACUGCCAUUUCAGAAAGCCGGAGAAGUUCCUCAAAGAGAUGACCAUGGAUCAAGCCAACUUUUGGGUCGACGUCGGCGCCCUCUCCGCUUUCUUCGUCUUCAUAAGAGUAAUCUCGUACUUAGUGCUAAGGUUCAAAUUGAAAAUGAUGCAAUAGAUUAGAUGCACAAAGCUUUUUAAUGCGACGAAACCCGAUUCCCUUUCUGAACGGGCACAUGCGUCUCUACUAGUGAUGCAACGAAUGUCAUUUUUUGAACAUUCGCGAAUACAAAUGCGGAUGCGAAUGUCGGUACCGACAUUCGCGAAUGCGAAUGCGAAUAUUUAGUGUUUUUUUUAAAUUGGCGCCAAUUGUCUAUGGCAUGGUGGCAGUCUCGUUCGAAUUGCCGAGUUGAUAUGAACUCAUUCGACUGAAGUGUCAUUCCGCUCGCACCGGUCUUUCCGUAAACAAAACAAGUGAAUUUUGAGGUUAGUGAUUGUGAGUGGUAAUAGUGAUUUAUUAACAUGAGUUAAUCCAAUUCUAGUGAAACAUGGACUUAUUUCACACUUUGCGAUGCUGAACGAGCUAAAUGCAAACUGUGUAACAAUGAAUAUUCAGGGAAAGGCAGAACUACAACUUCUUUAAAAAAAAUCUAAUAUUCUCAUAUUCGCAAAACAUUCGCAGAGAUUUUUAGAAAUGCGAAUAUUCAAAAAUAUGCGAAUAUUCGUUACAUCACUGGUCUCUACGCAUUCCUCGGGCGUCCGCUAUGCUGAUUUGCGUAUCCCCGUUCAGAUAGUUAAGAAUAGUUAUCGAAAUACUUAGCUUUUUAGUACGCAGGAGUUAGAUUGUUUAUACGUACCUCUAGGGGUUAGUUAGCCUAAGGUUUUAUAGGAGAUUGGGCCCAUGACUUAAUAUUAAGUUCCUUUAAUUUAGGUGUAUUGUUAACUUUAAUGGGUUUCCUGUUUUUAGUAGCCUGCUUUUUUCUCUCCGUGUAGCAUUAUAAUAAAGGUUACGGAUUAGCCCUUGCCGAGUUUUCGAUUUCUCGGUUCGGUUUCAAAAAAAUCAUGGUCGUUUCGUAUAUCAUGAUGACGUAAGUAGUUGUAAAAUUCUUAUGUUAAAUGAACAUCUUCGUUAUUUUGCUACAGCCAAAUCGGUCCUCAUUCACGUAUUAUUUGGAUCAUAAAAUCAUAUAUUUUAGGUAAUUUAACAAUCAACGAUUUAGCUCAAAACAUUUUAUCCUAUAAAUCAGGCGUACAUUGUGCUGCAGUCUAGUAUUUUUGUAGUGUCUUUGUAUCUGAUGUCAUAUACGAGAGUGCUGCUAUCUAAUUUGGGAUCAUAAGAAUGUAUGUGAUGUCAUCUCAUAUUUAUUUUAAUAGAUAGAUUAGAUUUAUAUUUGUAAACAUCACAGCUUAUAAAUUGUGCUGAGCACAAAACUUUCCCGAAUUGUGGAUACCAUAGGUUAUAUGAAAUAAUUAAUGAAUAGAAUUAGUCUUAACGAAUGGCCUCAUCAUUCCUAUAUUUUUUUAUAAAUAAAAUGUUAUAUUUCUUUUUGAUUAAGAUGUAUGGGCUUAUCUUUAUUAUCUUGUAAGGUGUGAUUGUCGUGAAAAGUGGCUACUAAAAAUCAUAUUAAUUAAAUGGCCCAUAGGAAAUAAAUCGGUGUAUAGCUGAGUCUUAUGCGUAAAUAUUUUUUAUUAGCUGCAUUUAUAUAAAUUGGAAUGGUUAAGAAAGACAAACGAAUUCCUACAAAUAUGUGUUAGCUAUCACACUGCAGGAUUAAAUUUGCGAAAGGACAUGGUAAAGUUUUGUAUGAGCGACUGCCCUGGCAAUGUAUAAAUACUGUACUUAGUAAUAGUUAAUGGUAAAAAGCUAAGUAUUUAUAAUUUCUAUGAAAAAAGGCUCAGGAACUUUUGAUAGUCACAAUCUUGAAAAUUAUGAGAACUCCUACUAUGUCAUUACCUUACUAAAGUUGAUAAAAGAUGUUGACAAUUAUUUACAGAGUGAUCAAUUUCGCAUUUUCUUAGAAUCUUUCUUCCCAUUUCUCUGUAUAACUCUUCAAAAAAAAGUUUUUUUAAAGCAAAAACAAAUACAAAUAAUUUGUUAUCGUCGGCCUGACAGGUAAUCUGUGAAGUUUUAUUUUGUCCAUUUGCAAAAAUUAAACGAUUAAUUAUCGUACAGCCUUGUCUCAAGCCUAAGCAGAAUAAUAAAAUCUAUUAUUUUAGGCCUUCCGUGAUUUGUUGUAACAAAAAAUAGGGCCAAAUAUGUUAUAGUUUGAAGGAGUUUAGAAAUAAUAUUGUUUCUUUCGUUAAACUUACACAGAUAUAUAUUUUGUGUAUAUUUAUUGUUCAUUUAUUUUGUAAAACGGAACAUUUUGCUUUUGAAACAGACAUGGAAGUCAAUUUUUAUACUUUUAAAUAUUUGAUUAUUUCACGAAAGUUGUAUGAGAAUAAUAAACACGUAAUAAUUAAUAAAAAAAUAUUGUAAAGUUACGGGCUAGUUCGAAAUAUUUAUACACGUUAAGGGCAGUUUCUUAGCCAUGUCCUUUAUUUACAAUUUCAAUCUGAGUUUGCGUUGUAGUAAAAAAAAAAUAUUUUCAUCAAAUUGAUGAAGUUAAGCUAUCGUUUUAUUUUAGCAACGUCAACGAUUUUCAAUCUUCUUUGACCUACUAUGGAAUUAAAAAUAUAUGAAAACUUAAUUAUUCUGUAUAAAUGAAUAAGUAAUAAAGGUACGUAGUGCCAAUUGAUCAUCACUUGGAUGGUCCUUACACUGCAAUAUCCUCAUCUUUUAUCAAUCCCUGUAUGCUGAUUAUUUGAGAUUUCAGCAUGUUUUUUGAUGAAUGUUUUCCAUGGUGGUUUUAUAUAGUUACUGUAGGAUUUAGUCAAAUUUUUGCUAUACGCAUUCAUGAGUUUCUUAUUUCAUUCAACCCAGUUCAAAAUGUUUUCGGUCGUUGCAUCAUAUUUCAGUCUGCGAUGAUUCCUUAAUGUUUUAUUUACAAUUCUAUUUCGUAUGUAUAUCUUACAACGAUCAUAACUACUUAAGCUUCAAAGUUAUCAAUAGGAGUGUUAUUUGAGUCUAAGAUUUUCGUCACUAAUUAGACGAGACUUGGCUAGCAACUAUCGAAUGAUUCUCUAUGGGCCAAGCUAUUUCACGAAGCGACAUCCAUGCCGUUUUACUCGUAUCUACUCACUUAAAAACAUUACAUUUAUAGACUUUAAUUAAUUAGAUAUUCUUGAAGUACCUUUCAUUAUUAUACUAAGAUUUUUUGGUAAAAUCUCUAUACCUACACUAAUUACCAGUAUUUAUUAUUAAAUAAACGACUGUGAUUUUUAUAGCUUUGCUUGGUUUUAUUAUGAACCCAUUCUUUAUAAUAUUGGCUAAGAAUCAAAUUCCAGUAUAUUCUGUGGUAUAUGGCACCAAUGACGAUAAAUUAACAAAGUUUGAGUCAAUUAAGUGAGCUCGUGAUAAACAGUAGGUAAAGAAAGAAAAACAUUUAUUGACGACAUACAUUAACAAUUACAAUAAAUACACAACAAACAUAAAACAAAAGGUACAUCGUCAACUAGGCCCCACCUCAGCAUAAUGUUGCAACGGCAAAAAUGGAUUGCCGUUGCAACGCUGAUAUUCUGGAGGGACCUAAUUUGGACACCAACGGACGAAAAAACAAUCUGGCCCUCGCAUCCCUCGCUCAUAGCAGUCCAGCACAAAACAAAAAUAUAACAGAAGAGGUUGUGUGGGCUCGGCUCUUUGCCUACAUUUGGAUACACCAAAAUAAGAGAGAAAAAAAGACAAAACCUUAACCUAAGCAAUGUUGUCUAUGGAAUAAAUAAAGAACAAAAUGGAGACAACACGACACGUAAUGAGGGCUAUCGCGUAUGAAU